GGAGUUAUUGCUUUGCUAGGUGGGGGCUAGGAGGGUGGCGACUGAGGUCACUAAAUUCCGAGAGGUCACAAGAUUGGCCUGGGCUGGGAAAAUUGGCCCCACCUCUUGCCAAAAUUAUAAAUAGUUGGCUGGAGAAGGCCCCCCCCAAUCCCAGAUGCUCUUCUAGUGAAGUCAAGGUGGAGGACGGAACUUUGCCCUCUGGGGCCGAAGACGGCUUGCUUGCAUUUCGGACAUCGUCUCUCUGGCUUUUUGGAAGCAGAGGCUUCUGACUCCGGCUCCCCAGCUUCCUUCCUAGGGUUUUGUAAAGAAUUCGGCCGGAGCCAUGUCAUCGGCCAAGGUCACCGGAUCCCUCCUCUUUUCUGUUAGUAUAGCUGCUAUAAGCUCAUUUCAGUUUGGAUACAAUACUGGCGUCAUUAAUGCUCCAGAGCAGAUCAUUAAGGAAUUUCUCAAUUACACUUUGGAAGGCCGGAGUGGAAAGCAAACAUCUGAGGUCCUCCUCACCUCUCUUUGGUCCUUGGCUGUUGCCAUCUUCUCAGUAGGCGGCAUGAUUGGCUCGUUCUCUGUUGGACUCUUUGUCAACCGAUUUGGCAGACGCAACUCCAUGCUCAUCGUCAAUGUACUCGCACUUAUUGGAGGUGCCCUUUUGGGCUUUGCCAAGACUGCACAGUCCGUGGAGAUGCUGAUCCUGGGCCGUCUGAUUAUUGGUCUCUUCUGUGGCCUUUGCACUGGCCUUGUACCUAUAUAUAUUGGCGAAGUCUCUCCAACUGCCCUUCGUGGUGCCUUUGGCACCCUAAACCAGCUGGGUAUUGUUGUGGGAAUCCUUAUUGCCCAGAUCUUUGGACUACAAAUGAUCAUGGGAACUGAGACACUGUGGCCAUUAUUAUUAGGCUUUACUGUCAUCCCUGCUGUUCUGCAAUCUUUAGCCCUUCCAUUUUGCCCUGAAAGCCCCAGAUUCCUACUUAUCAAUAAGAUGGAAGAGGAGCAGGCACGAAAAAUUCUUGAAAAGUUAUGGGGCACUCAAGAUGUAGACCAGGAUAUCCAGGAGAUGAAAAAUGAGAGUGCUAAAAUGGCACAAGAAAAGAAACCAACUGUGCUUGACCUCUUUAAGACACCAAGUUAUCGACAACCCAUUAUCAUUGCCAUCAUGCUCCAACUCUCUCAACAGCUCUCUGGAAUUAAUGCUGUAUUUUAUUAUUCUACAGGAAUCUUCGCAGAUGCUGGUGUUAAAGAGCCAAUAUAUGCUACCAUUGGUGCUGGUGCGAUUAAUGUGGUAUUUACUGUAGUCUCGCUCUUUUUGGUGGAGCGAGCAGGAAGGAGAACCCUUCAUCUAAUAGGAUUGAGUGGAAUGGCCUUCUGUUCUGUUCUUAUGGUUAUUGCUAUGUCUCUCAAGGCUACUCAUUUGUGGAUGAGCUAUAUCUGUAUUGGUGCCAUCUUUGGGUUUGUGGCCUUCUUUGAAAUUGGCCCAGGACCAAUUCCUUGGUUCAUUGUUGCCGAGCUCUUCAGCCAAGGACCUCGCCCGGCCGCCAUGGCUGUGGCCGGCUGUUCCAACUGGACUUCAAACUUCCUUGUGGGGAUGCUCUUCCCUACGGCUGCGAAAUAUUUGGGAUCCUACGUCUUUAUUGUCUUUACUUUCUUCCUCAUCUUCUUCUUUUUGUUCACCUUCUUCAAAGUCCCUGAGACCAAGGGCAGAACUUUUGAGAAUAUUGCCCAGGUCUUUGAGAGCAAGAGUCAGGGUUCUAUGAACCCCAACUUAAUGACAGAGAAAAGCCCCAGUGUGGAUGUAAACAACAUUGAUCCAGUCAAGGAGUCCUCAUCAUCCGCCCUCUAAAAUCCCACCUCCUUCCAUACCUCUCCUCUUCCAGUCUCCCAACAUGGAAAAACAUCUCUCUGAGGUGGUGGGCCCUCAUCAGGAUACUUAUAACCCAGGACUGUUUGAUUGCUGCUACUGUGUUUCUUUUUUCACCUUACUCCAAGAGCAUGGAGAUGAACCUAGUGCUGGAGUCACCUCAGCUUUACCGGCUUUUAAACAUUUAAUAUCAUGGACGCUGAACAUACUCUGCUAAAGAGAGAUCAGGUGAACUUUCCCUCAUUUCUGGAGGGAUUGGCUCCUUGGCACAUGUGCCAACCUUUGCUACUUCUUCAUUUCCUUGGGUUCUAAUAGUGAUUCAUUGAGACCUGGAAAUCAGAAGAAGGGAUAUCCUUCUCAUUCCAAUAACUACAAGAGUUAUUAUUUCACUAAUUGGAGUUGGAGCUGGGUAGGAAAAAGAGUUGGGGACCAAAUAAGAGCAUCUUCCUCACCUUUUUUUUAAACAACUCUGCAGAGUUCAUUAACUUGAGUUUUAUUUAUUUUACUUGCCGGUUUUAUUUCACAAAUAUUUAUUUUUUUUAGUGUAAAAAGACAAUUGCACAAAAUAAUGAAAACUGUUGAGGGCAGAGAAAGGAGAGGGGUAUAAAUUUAAACAAAGGACUGGGGAGAAGUAAAAAGUAUUUUGGAGGAGUUUAUGCAGCAAGGAUGGAAGAAAUACAGGGAGAGAUGGAGUGAAAGGGCACGUGAAAUAGUAGUGGAGGUUUUCACAUGACCUUUAGCAAUUUCUAUACUCCAUGAAAAUGAUAAUAGACUUGGGAAAGAAGACAGGCAGUAUUUGUGAUGCCUGCAGAAGCUACUGUUUUCCUUUGGGUAUUUUUUCCUUUUUUUUUUUCGUUAAACUAUAUAAUAUUACUUGGAAACUGCAAUAUUAUCGACAUCAUAGGCAAUGAAGUUGAAUGCGGUUGGAGGGUUCUACCUCUGGAGAAAGAUGGGUUUUCUAAAUUUCUCUGAAAAUUCCCCUUUUCACCAGAUGGAACUCCUUUCAUUUUAUAGCUUCUAUUUUUUCCCCUCCCCUUGAGUUGGGAAAAUAAUGUUGAGAAUUGUUUCUCAGUACAGAAAGGCAAAAUUUUCCUUGUUUUUGUUCUUUGGGAUUUUCUUAGGUUUUGGGUGUCUUUGGUUUCCCCCACCCCCACAUCCCAUUUUAGAACAGGAUUUAAGGGAUAAUAUUCAUAAGGCACUAGAAAUUUGUAUGUAGAUUAUGGGACUACGAGUUUUUAGUUUUUUGGGGGAGGGGUGGCAUUUUGCCCGUGUUUCCUUAUUCAAGUGGAGAAAUGGUCAUGGCUUCCUUGUAAAUAUGUUGGCAUCAGUCCACUGGAGGAAACUUGGGUGAGGUGAAGGUCCAUUCAUAAUUCACAUUUAAUUUGGAUAGUAACAAUAUAUAUCUAAAGUCAUUGUCUCCUCCAGGGUCAAAUGUGUCUUAAUUUGUUCAUGAAUAUUGUUGCUGUUAUGAUUUAUGUGUUACUCCUCAUAUCUCCUGGGGUAAUUUUGGUUCUCUGUGUGUAUAAACAACUACUGCCUUGGCUGGACAUUAUUUAAUCAGCCUCCCUACUACUACUCCUUGAAUCUUAAGUUUCCCCAAGACAGACAACACACAUACCCAUACACACCCUCUACCUCCCUGAUGCUGGCUAAAUUGUAUAUUCUAUUGAACCACCAAUUAAGAGGCUCUUACUGAGAAUGAAAUAACCUUUAAUGAGUUUCAUCAAUUCUAGGUGGAAUGGGAAAGAAAGAUGCUCUGAAUAUUUGAGGGGCUCAGGACAGGGAGGUUUGACCUCUGUAGACAAAAUGGGUAUGGAGGGGCAAGAUGACUAGGAAUUCCCUGAAUUAUAAAAGGAAGAGAGGGUAGCAAGCUAUCACUGCUGAUGAAGUUUGAGUAUCUUUCUAAAUCUAUAGACUUUGCUCUUCCAGAAACUUUUGAGGGAUUGCCCUCGGUGCUUACCUCCUGACCCACCUUGCCUGUGGACAGUAUUUAAUUCUUAUUUUUCACCUUUUCUGGUCAUUGGGGGGGAGGGGAGGAGGGAAAAUAAAUAUAUAUGUAUCUACAUAUAUGUAUCAUAUAUGUAUGUAUGUGUAUAUAUAUAUAUAUAAAAUAUAUAUUAUGUAGUUGAUUGAAGAAAACUUCUUGCUCUCUGGUUCUAGCCAGUUUCUCCCUAGAUCCCCAGGUAGAACUAGGGUCUGGGAAUUGGCAAUAGUAGAGUUUUAACAGUUUCUCCCUCCCUUUUCUCCAUUGUCUCAUUGUAAAUAUUUCCAAAUGUAUUUUCUAUGCUUAUUUCUGUUACUGUGGUUCUGUUUUUAAAUAAAAGUUUUAUUGUAAAUAUGGUA